AUGGCUGCUAUGAGGACUUUAACCGUAGCAGGUCUCUUUUUGGCAUUUUGUGCUUUAGGGCUGAUAGCGAUAGCGAUCAGCACUGACAACUGGUACGAGACUGACGCCAGGAGGCACCGGGAACGCUGCAAGAAUUAUUCCAACAAAAGAAACGACCCUGGAUACAUUUACAUCUCCAACAACAACCUUCCAUUACGCAUGUUGCCAAAGGAGAAAAAUGUGGAGAGGAAAGGCUCCAGUGUCAGCGGCGAGAUGCUGCUGCGGGCUAAGCGGCACUUCUUGCCUCCUGCCCCGGCCAUGGAGUCCCUCUGCAGUCGGCAGUUUAACUCCACCAUCACCGGACUGUGGAGAAAGUGUCAUCGGCAGGGGUUUGACUUGGAGAUGGAGGAUUCGAUCUUCAAAGGAUUGGUUCCGCGCUGCACGCCAAUAAAAUACUACUACUCAUCAUCUGUGCUCCCCAGAAAUCUGCCAAUCAAUCUGACGAAGACAAUACGGCAGGAUGAGUGGCAUGCGCUCCACCUCCAGAGGAUGACUGCCAGUUUCGUAGGCAUGGCCAUAUCCAUCAUCCUUUUCGGCUGGAUCAUUGGGGUGCUGGGAUGCUGUAAGGAGCAUGAUCUGAUGCAGUAUGUCGCUGGACUUCUCUUUCUCAUGGGAGGGACAUGCUGCAUAAUCUCGCUUUGCACAUGUGUGGCUGGGAUCAACUUUGAACUAUCCCGCUAUCCUCGCUACAUGUUUGGAAUACCAGAAGACAUCAGUCAUGGUUACGGCUGGUCCAUGUUUUGUGCAUGGGGUGGACUGGGCCUCACGUUGCUUGCUGGCUUCCUGUGCACACUUGCCCCAUCCCUCUACCCUCCACACACCCCUGUGGCGCACAAGCCCAGGCAGGAGAAUGGCUGUGUGUGACAGGCCACCGCACAUCUAACAGACACCUGUCUCAUUCUGAAACGGUGACGAGCCCUGUUCCAAGCACAGUUUUACCCAGGGACUCGGCAGAGAGAGCCUUCACACAGCUUGGCACAGAGAAAGCACAAGACACUGGCUGUGGCUCACAUGAAAAUGAAAGGAGGUGACAUUUGACUGAAGAUGAUUUCAGUUCCUCUGGUGCUUUUUUCUGUCCCUCUUUACGAAUGAACUGUUCAGUGUUAUUGCCUGCUCAUCAAGAGGAGAAUAGUUAUACAAAUUUUCUUCCUGUAAAACCUGCUAGUUUGAAAAAAAGAGAAAAAGAGGCACUGGCAGAAGAUCAAUAGCACAAUCUGAAUUCUGUAUUGAAGAUGAAACCAUGGAUGUGUACUGUCACAUUUCAAAGGGCAACUGUGUAUCAUUAUGUACCCAUUCAGAUCAAAUAUGUACAUGUACUUUUUGAAUCGUAUGUAUGCAGAUGCAUUUGUGUUUAUUUAAGAAAAAACAUGAGCAUUAUGACCAAACUGUGUUUGAGGGAAAUGUUUUGUUGUUCUCGAGGUCUUACCCAUUGAAAUAUUUUUGAAAAAUAAAACAGCCAUGCAAAACUA